GAUUGAUGAAUAGUUAAGUUUAGCUUGAAAGAUAGAAGAAUUGGGAAAGGGAAGAAAGUGCAUGAAGCUUAAGGUUACGGCGGGAGAAAAAGAAGGAAAAAGCUAAGAAAAAACCACCGAAAAGCAACCUUGGCCACCUCUAUGUCGCUGUCUCACAACAAUUAGUCUUAGUGUCUCUCAUCUUUAUUAUAUUCACUUUUAAACACAACCAACAAACACAUGCACCAAGUAACAACCAUAUAUAUCUAUGUCUUUUGUUCUUUUUGUGAGAGAACAUUGUAAUGGCAAGGAAUAAUCAAAGCCUGUCCAAGAUAAAGGGUGACUCAGUUUGUUAUUAUUGCCUUAUGCUUUUUGAUCAUCUUCUUCAAUUCUCUUCUCCAAUUUUGAUCUUUCAGAUUUACAGUGCAGGGGAGAAGAAUAGAAGAUCUUAAUUAGAGGUGUGUGGGACCCAUUUAUUGUGUCUGUGAGACUGAGCGAUCCAUUCAUGCACUGUGUGGCAUUGAUUUUUUGAAGAAAAGAUGGAGAGUGGAGAAAGCAGCAACAGUAAUGGUAACCAAAGGAGUCAAGUGUUGAAGAAUUCUUCAUGGUACAGUCAAUUCAGAAAUGCUUCAAAUCCUUGGAUGGCAAGAUACGUGUAUGGCUUCAUUUUUUUGGUGGCCAAUCUCUUGGCAUGGGCCUCUCGUGAUGAACUUUCUAGUCUUAGUGCUCUUAUACAAUUGAAGGAGUUAAAGGGAUGCAAGGUUGGACAAGAUUGUUUGGGUCCAAAUGGUGUUCUGCGUGUGAGCAUGGGUUGCUUUUUAUUUUAUAUGAUAAUGUUUUGUUCAACUAUUGGCACUUCUAAACUGAACGAAGGAAGAGAUGAAUGGCACUCUGGAUGGUGGUUAGUCAAGAUUGUUCUCUUGAUCCUUGUCACGAUAUUCCCAUUUUUACUUCCUACUGAGUUCAUUGAGAUCUAUGGGGAUGUUGCACAUUUUGGUGCUGGGGUUUUCCUCCUAAUUCAAUUAGUAAGCAUAAUCAGCUUCAUUACGUGGCUGACUGAUUUUUUUGGCUCUGAAAAAUAUGCACAAAGAUGCCAAGUCCAGGUGAUGUUAUUUGCAACUGUUUCAUAUUUUAUUUGUUUGGUGGGGAUCAUUUUGAUGUACAUUUGGUAUGCACCACAACCAUCUUGCCUUGAAAACAUCUUCUUCAUCACUUGGACCCUAGUACUUCUCCAACUCAUGACAAGUGUAUCUCUACAUCCAAAAGUGAAUGCUGGAAUUCUAAGUCCAGGGUUGAUGGGUCUCUAUGUUGUCUUCCUUUGCUGGUGUGCACUUAGAAGUGAACCUGAGGGAGCUGUAUGCAUCAGGAAGUCAGAAUCUGAAGCCAAAACUGACUGGCAAAGUAUCAUUAGCUUUGUUGUUGCAAUACUAGCCCUUGUUGUCGCAACAUUUUCUACUGGCAUAGAUUCCCAAAGCUUUCAGUUCUUUCAGUUCAGGAAGAGUGAUCCGCCAGCAGAAGAUGAAGUUCCAUAUGGUUAUGGCUUCUUCCAUUUCGUUUUUGCCACAGGAGCAAUGUACUUUGCAAUGCUAUUGAUCGGAUGGAAUAGUCAUCAUUCUAUGAGAAAAUGGACAAUUGAUGUGGGAUGGACCAGCGUCUGGGUCAGAAUAGUGAAUGAAUGGUUGGCAGUUUGUCUUUACUUAUGGAUGUUGAUAGCUCCAAUCAUAUGGAAGAGCAGACAAGGUGGUUCUACCUGAGAAGUUCCCUGUUAUCCCCAUUUUGGUUUGAUAUUGUGAGGAUUAAGAUCUUAAAUGGCACCAUAUAUCUGCUGUACUACACAUGUAGUGGACUCCUCCAGUUGCUGCUCUCUCAGAUAGGAAAAAGAACUGCAAUUGCAACACCUGGAAAUUUGUAGUCAGAAGCAAUGGUUCUGGCACAAAUGCGCAUCAGCUGUUGUUGGAUGUGUUACUUGAAGCAACGCAGUUGUUCAGUUAUCACUGAGGGAGCAUAAUGUAACUUAACCAUUUAGGGGAUGCUCAUUGGAAAUUAAUUCAUGAUUAGUCAAUUUAUGUGUUUCAAUUAUUAGACUAAUUUUCAUUUUGGUGAGUGAAUCACCGUAUAUUCAACAUAAGGUAAGCAGUGGAUUACCAUUUGUCAGUAACAAAUAAUAUCCAAGGCACAAUCAAUGAAGCAGAUUUCAUUGUUUUUAA